CCAUAUGUACAUAUUAUAUAUUAUAAACUAUUAAUAAUAUUUUUUUUUCGGGGAUUGUCGAUGUUUUAAGUCAUCUCAUAUUUGAAUGAAAUUCAGUGUGGAUAUUCAUAGUAAAUUCAUUAAAUAUAGUUAUCAUCUAUAAUAUGAACAAAAUGGGAGUACCAACAGAAUCUACAUUUCUUGAUGUCAAGCUGCCCCAAACUCUUCUAGAAUCACCAUCAACAUCGACCUUUUUGCCAGAGGAAGAGGCUGCUUUUUGUCCUUUACUCUCAAGUCGAAUGUCAGGUCCCAUAGCACAUCCACUGAGCCCAAAUCAUAUGAAUAUAGACGGAACCACGUCACAAAUCAGUUUAGAUGGGAAGGCAGAAUCAAGCUCUACAGAUAGUAGUAGCGGGAUAGCAAUCGACGUCCAGGAAUCCACUACCAACAACCUAUACCAUAAUGGAAGCUAUCAACAUCUACAAAAUAACAAUAUUAACACACAAGAGCAAUGUGCUCCAUAGUUGUUGCAAAAAUAUCGACUAUGCCAAAAUCUUGCAAUCCAAAAACAACAUGGUACCGUGGAGGUGUAUUCUACGAAAUAAGAUUUCAGGAUUCGGAGUACAAAGGAGCUAGUGAUAUUAAUGACUUAAACAACCGCGUUGAUUACCUUUCCUCGUUAGGUGUAGCAGCAGUGAGACUAAAUUCUAUUUUUCUACCAGGAAACGAUAAUGUCACAUCGAUACUUCACAUAGAUCCUGAAAUUGGAUCUGUAUCCCAGUUAAAAAGUUUAAUCGAUACCUUUAAAUCUCGGAAUAUAGCUCUGCUCCUAGACAUCCCAUUAGAUACAAUAUUUGUUAAUACCCACAGCAACCAAGAAAUAGUCUAUAAUCAAAUUACAAGAACAAUAAGUUCGAUGGUUGACAAUGGAGUGAGCGGUUUUUAUUUAAAAGGACUUGAUUUGCUUUCAAACGAUUUGGAGCUUCUUAAAUACUUAGCAAUUUGGAAGAGGAUAGUUGGCACCAAUAAAAUUCUGAUAAUAAACGAGAAUGUCUUAAAAGGAAAACCAACUGCAUUAUUAACAGAAAUUCAUCAACAUAUUGAUCUUGUUGACGUUUGCCUAGACCUGGAAGGUGGCACGAAGAAAAUUACGAAGCGCAUAGAAAAUGUAUUAGUAAACAUGCCGCCAGCCGAACAAAAAACUUGGAUACACUGGUCGAUUGUUGAUUUCCCAUUAAAGUAUCAGCGGGAUCGAGAUUAUAUUAAUUCGAAUUUAGCAACAGCUGUCACUAUAAUGCAGCUUAUGCUGCCAGGUACACCAAAUAUAAUGUAUAAGGAUGUAAUUAGUGGAGAAGAAUAUAACAAUAUAAGAGUGUCUAAGCAACCUGAUGGCUCUAAAAUUGUAAGCAACAUGAUAUCUUUGCGGAAGCGUUCCCCCGCUUUAUAUGAAAGUGCCAUUUGUAAGUCAAAUAGUAAUACUCAAAAUACCUUAAUAAGAAAUAUCAAGGAAGACACACUUAUUAUCGUCCGAAACUACCCACGAAGAAACUCCUUUGCAUCUGUUACAAACCUAGGACACAAUAAUAUUACCUUAGACUUGACGUCGACAUUUUAUAGUGGCACUCGAAUGCUCACUGAUGAAACAGAUAAAAUAUUUUUCAAGCAUUUUAAAAUAGAUCCCUUUGAUACAAUUGUUGUUAAAUUGGAUAAGUAAAACUCAUCAUAUUUAAUUUGUUUGCAAGUCUAGUCUUUUCCAAAAAUUGUUAAUUUCAGCUAAGAUUUCAAAAAUAAACCAAACCCAACGAUAAACUAUGUAGAAAUUAGAUUACUUUAUCGCCGCGAAUUUCCUCUACUUUGCAAUCCUUCUCGGACAACUUCCCUAGCUUGUGAAGACUGAGAAGGGAGUCUUUGUACUAAUCUUUCAAAAAUGUUUGAUUGAUGACAUUUUCCAGCUGUCAUAGUUACAGAUACGAUUAGCUGAUGUCUGCUCUUUUAUACUUCUCAAUUAUUGCUCAAUUAUAUUUCCAACGGCAGCGAAACUAGUAUUAUGCCGACUAGUUAUUGAGAGGGUGUUAAAACCUGCUCUUCGUUGGGACUACCACUGUCUACAACCACUAGCAUGCAAAUGAGAUCGUCCUCCUUGAAAGCUGCAGGAGAUGUUUAUCGGACUUCACCGCCGAAUCACACAGGUACAAAAGAAACGCACCAGAGGUCCUGUCUUAAACUAUGCCUACGCACUUCUGUAGCUCGUA